AUGGAUGGAUUUAAACACAGGGCUGGUGAAAAAUUCGAUGCCUUACAUGAUGCAGCUGUAGUGGCUGCAUCAAAUGGCAAACAUAAACUCGAAGGUGUUUAUCAGCAAACUGCAGAAGCAUUGUCAAAGCUCCGUGAAAUAUUCAACGAUAUAUGGCAAAAUGAACUAGUCUUAGAGGGCCGUGCGCGUGCAGUGGCCUGGGGAAAAGAAGCUGCAAAACGCAUCCGCGAGGGUGCACCGCCAAUCUCACCAACUGUUCUUUAUCAAGAGCUUGUUACACUGUUUAAGGACAGAGUAUGGCGGCGCAGCAUGAUAAUAUUCGCUUGUGGGGUGGUAUUAGGUGGCAGCACAGGCCUGGUGAUCGGGCUUCGCGCUGCGUCUCGAGGUCCCACCGGGCCCCAUGCAAGGGCAUUGCAGACACAGGCUGACCAGAGUGUCAUUCUGGUCGAAGAUGCUGUGUCUCAUGGCGCUGGUCCGGGUGAAGUGUUGGUCCGAGUGCAGGCGUUCAGCGUAAGCGCAGCCGACAGGAGCGUGUUGCGGGGCAGAGCUGCCGCACUUCGUUCUCUUAUAACUCGUUCGCAUGUUACUGUUGGUAGAGGAUUUGCGGGGGUGGUUCUAGAUGUCGGUCAAGGGGUCACAGAUUUUGAGAUGGGUGACGAAGUUUGGGGUUGUAUAAGCGAGUGGAGUGGUGGAGCUGCUACUGAGUUACUUGCUAUUAGAAGUUCCCGUAUAAGCAAACGCCCUAGGACCCUGGGCGCGGAUUCCGCUGCGUCCUUGCCGUGGGCUGGAUCUCUGGCUCUUAUCGCUCUAGACACUUUGCUGUACACUCCUGACACUUGCAAGGGCAAACGUGUGCUGAUAGCGGGCGCCGGGAGUGGCGAAGGAUGUGCAUUGGUCCAACUUCUUGGCUGCUGGGGCGCUAGGACCACAGCCGCCGCACCCAGACAUAGUAGGAAUACACUCAGAAACUUAGGUGCUCAAGAUUUCAUAGAUUUAGAAGGACAGAACGAUCACGUAGCACCCUCAUGGCUUGUGGUGGAGCAACAUGCGAGUCGUACGGGGCCUUGGGACGCGUGCGUCGCCUGCACUGGGGCCCCACCCAACCAUCCGCCGUAUAACACGCUUUUAAAAGCCACGGCACCCCGCAGUGCGGUUCUAGAACUAAGACCACGGGCGUUGAUAACCGAUCGAUUACCGACACCACUGUGGGUGUUAUACACUGCUUCCUUCUACACUUUCCAUAUGCUUAGGUGGAUAUCUGGUAGCGGUUGGCACACGGACUGGCUGGAGUCUCGCCACCAGCUAACCGAAGGUCUCGAAACCCUAAGACAUUUGGUUGAAGGAGGACAACUUUCUCCUGUACUUGAUAAGGUAUAUUUCCCUCAAGAUUUUGAAGCCGCGCUAGCACACGCGUGCAGCGAAGAAGCAGUCGGGACCACCGUCAUAAGAUUCCCCUAA